GCCACAAUGACCACCGUACAGAAAAUAAAGGAGGUCGAAGAUGAGAUGGCCAGGACGCAGAAGAAUAAGGCCACGAGCUACCAUUUGGGUCAGCUCAAGGCUAAACUCGCCAAGCUCCGCCGCGAGCUGCUCGGGCCUACGGGCGGAGGUGGAGGAGGUGCAGGCGUGGGCUUCGAUGUAGCGCGAACAGGUAUAGCAACAGUGGGAUUCGUCGGGUUCCCUUCAGUGGGCAAGUCGACGCUGAUGUCCAAACUCACCGGCACCCAUUCGGAGGCGUCCGAGAUCGAUUUCACAACACUUACUACCGUCCCCGGAACAGUAAAAGUGCACGGCGCGCCUAUACAAAUUCUGGAUCUGCCCGGUAUCAUUGAGGGUGCAAACGAUGGACGUGGUCGAGGUCGGCAAGUCAUCGCGGUCGCCCGGACAUGCAACCUCAUCUUCAUCGUGCUCGACGUCCUGAAGCCGCUGGGCGACAAGGCGCUCAUCGAGGCUGAACUCGAAGGCUUCGGGAUCCGUCUAAACAAGAAACCUCCCGCCAUCAACGUGCGCAAGAAGGACAAGGGCGGCAUCUCUAUCACGAACACUGUCCCGCUCACGAAUAUCGAUCACGAUGAGAUCAAGGCCGUUCUCAGCGAGUACCGCCUCAACAAUUGCGACAUCGCCAUCCGCCAGGCCGGCGCGACGGCGGAUGAUUUGGUCGACGUGAUCGAGGGGAACAGGGUGUACAUUCCGGCAAUAUACGUACUGAACAAGAUCGACGCGAUCUCGAUUGAGGAGCUCGACCUGCUGUACCGCAUCCCGAUGAGCGUGCCCGUGUCGUCCCGCGAGUGGUGGAACAUCGACGAGCUCAUCGACGUCAUGUGGCAAACGCUCAAUCUCGUGCGGGCAUACACGAAGCCUCGUGGGCUCGCGCCGGACUACAGUCAGCCUGUCGUGCUGCGGCGUGGCAAGUGCACGGUCGAAGACUUCUGUAACGCGAUUCAUAAGGAGAUCGCGAAGCAGAUGAAGUAUGCGAUUGUUUGGGGAGCAAGCGCGAAGCACUCGCGAGGGCAGAAGGUCGGCCUCGACCAUGUGCUCGAGGACGAGGAUGUUGUCCACAUCUCCAAAAAGUAGUCGACCAGCUUUCGCAGUCUGUGUUACCAUGCUUUGUACCUGUUGUAGCCUUAUGUGUCUUCAUUACCAAUUUCUAUCACUGCACUCCCC